AUGCGCAGUGACCGACGCUACAGUGACGCGUACGAUUUGUUCCAUUACUACGCUGCUAACUCUAAAUGGGAUCUGAUAACCAACCGCUGCUCCGGUCCAAUCAUCAUUGCCUUGUGUGAUGAAGGGAAACUCGACGAGGAUCUUGAAUUGUACAAACAUUUUUUGCUGCGUGCUCGGCCGAGUUAUCGAGCCCAACUAGCCCUGGCUCAAGGGUUGGUCGACGCGGGUAGGAUUGAUGAAGCUGUAGACAAGUUCUACUGCGUGAAUAGGUCCGUGUAUGGCAUUUUCAUACGUGGGUUCUUGGAUUUGGGGAAUCUUGAAAGGGCUAACCAGCUUUUUCAAGAGCUAAAGUUGAGUGAUGACUCGGACUCUGUGGUGCAGGCGAGUGCGAUGUUUAUGGAGCAUUGGUUUAAACAAGAGAUGGAUGAGAAAGCUAUGGAGUGUUACUUGUCGUCCAAGGAAGAGUUCAGCAAGAUCUAUGCGACUGCCGCAAAUGCCCUUUUGAAAGUGUUGCUAAGGUACGGUAAGAAAACAGAAGCUUGCUUAUUGUUCGGUCAGAUGAUGGAGAAAGACUGGAGCCUGAGAAUGUCUGAUUCUGAGUCGUGUAAUAUUAUGGUGAAUGAGUGUUUCAAGCUCGGGAAGAUUAGCGAGGCAGUUGAGAUAUUUCACAAGUCUGUUGGCACAGUUAGUUAUCCACAGUUGUGUUACAGGAACCUGAUCACCAAGUUUUGCGAACAAGAUCUCUUGUCCGAAGCGGAGCAAUUUUUCGCUGAAAUGUGCUCUAAGAAGUUUUUUCUCCCUGAUGUUCUAACGUAUCGAACGAUGAUGGAUGCAUAUGUGAAGAAGGGUAGAGUCAGCGAUGCUGUCAAAACUGUGAACCAAACUUUGGAUGCCUCUCUAACCUAUAUUGCUAAGAAGGUCUUACUAAUGUAA